AUGUCUCUUUCUGCUGACGAAUACAAACAACAAGGGAACGCUGCCUUCUCUGCUAAGGAAUAUGAAAAUGCUAUCGAUUUGUUUACUAAGGCCAUCGAAGUUUCUGAGACUCCUAACCAUGUGCUUUACUCUAACAGAUCUGCCACAUAUUCUUCCAUGAAAAAGUUUGCGGAUGCACUAACGGAUGCCGAAGAAUGUAUUAAGAUUAAUCCUACUUGGUCGAAGGGUUACAAUAGAAAGGGUGCUGCCCAUUUUGGUUUAGGUAACUUAGAUGAAGCUGAAGUUGCAUACAAAAAGGCUUUGGAAUUAGACGCCAGCAAUAAAGCUGCUCAAGAUGGUCUUGACCAAGUUCAUCGUACACAAGAAUCUAGAUCUGCCCAACCAGAUAUGGGUCUUUCAAAGUUAUUUGCUGAUCCAAACUUAAUUGAAAACUUGAAGAAAAACCCAAAGACUGCUGAAUUGAUGAACGAUCCAACUUUGGUAGCUAAAUUGAUUAAUUAUAAGGCUAACCCACAAGCAAUUGGUACUGAUCUAUUCUCUGAUCCAAGAUUAAUGACCAUUAUGGCUACUCUAAUGGGUGUCGAUUUAAACAUGCCAGAUCUAUCUAACUCCAAUUCUAUGCCAAAGGAACCAACCAGUGAACCUAAAGAGACUCCAAAGGAAGCCGAUACUAAACAAACUCCAGAACCAGCCUCCGAAGAGCCGGAACCAAUGGAAGUUGACGAAGAAGACAAGAGUAAAGCUGAAGCUGAUUUGGCUAAAGCCGAAGGUAACAAAGCUUACAAAGCUCAUAAAUUUGAUGAAGCUAUUGCCCAAUAUAACAAAGCUUUUGAACUACACAAAGAUAUCACUUAUUUGAACAAUCGUUCUGCUGCAGAAUUUGAGAAAGGUGAUUACGAAACUGCUAUCAACACACUAAAUGAGGCUGUUGAACAAGGUAGAGAUUUAAGAGCUGAUUAUAAGAUUAUUGCCAAGUCUUUUGCUCGUAUGGGUAACUCAUAUUAUAAAUUAAAUGAUUUACAGAAAGCCAUUGAAUAUUAUCAAAAAUCUUUAACUGAACACAGAACUGCAGACAUCUUAACUAAACUAAGAACUGCUGAAAAGGAACUUAAGACCAAAGAAGCUACCGAUUAUGUUAACCCGGAAAAGGCUGAAGAAGCCCGUCUACAAGGUAAAGAAUAUUUCACAAAAGCUGACUGGCCAAAGGCGGUCGAAGCUUACACUGAAAUGAUUAAGAGAGCUCCAGAAGAUGCUAGAGGUUACUCUAACAGAGCUGCUGCUUUAGCAAAAUUGAUGUCAUUCCCAUCUGCCAUUGAGGAUUGUGAUAAAGCUAUCCAAAAGGAUCCAAAUUUCAUUAGAGCUUAUAUUAGAAAGGCUAAUGCACAAAUUGCUGUUAAAGAAUUUUCUUCUGCAUUAGAGACCUUAGAUGAAGCUAGAAGCAAGGAUGCUGCAACUAAUAAUGGUUCUAACUCAAAAGAAAUUGAUCAAUUAUACUACAAGGCAAGUUCUCAAAGAUUCCAACCUGCUGAAGGUAAUGAGACUCCAGAGCAAGUGUAUCAAAGAGCAAUGAAGGAUCCAGAAGUUCAAAGAAUUAUGCAAGAUCCAGUAAUUCAAAGCAUCUUGAGUCAAGCUCAAUCUGAUCCAGCUGCAUUACAAGAACAUAUGAAGAACCCAGAAGUCUUUAAGAAGAUUCAAACUCUUAUCGCUGCCGGUAUCAUUCAAACUGGUAGAAGAUAA